CCGCAGGGAAGGAGGGGAGUGAGGGGAGCGUGGUGGUCGCUGCCGAUGGAGGUGGCAGCCGGCGCUGAGGCGGAGCCGCUGUUGCCCCCGCGGAGCUGGCGAGCGGGGCGAAGGUUGUGGCGGGCCGGUGCCCGCUCUGAGGACGGUAUUGGAGCUGAUAAUGACCUUUAUAUAAACCAAGCCAUAGUAUUUAUUGAAGAUGCAAUACAGUAUCGCUCUAUAAAUCACCGUGUGGACUCCAAAUCCCUGUGGCUUUAUCGAUGGUACUAUUCAAGAACUUGUCAGUGGAUUUUGAGCUUAACCAUUACUGUAAUCCUGGCUUUGGCUUUCAUCGAGAAGCCUUCUUCGCUUACUCUCACAUCAGAUGUACGAUACCGCCUUCCUGCCUGGAAUCCUCCAUGUGGCCUCACAGAAAGCAUUGAGAUGCUUUGCUUUCUUGUGUUCAUGGUGGACGUAUCCGUGAAGAGUUACUUAGUCGGAUGGGAAGAAUUUUGGAAAAAUAAGUGGCUAAUGGCUUAUAUACUGACAUUAAUUGUUUCCCUUACUGAUUGGAUUGUAUCACUGAGCUUUUUCUGCACAGAGAGAGUGAGGAUAAGAAGAAUUCUUCGUCCUUUCUUUCUCCUUCAGAAUUCUUCUAUGAUGAAGAAAACAUUGAAAAGUAUCAACAGCACAUUGCCUGAAAUGGCAAGUGUUGUUCUACUAUUAGCUGUUCACCUGUCUCUCUUUACCAUGUUUGCCAUGCUGCUGUUUGCUCGAACAAAGGUAACCAAUUAUAGUCAUGCUUUGGUAGAUCUUGGUGGUGGUUUCUUUUUUUCUUUACUUGCAUAUCUGCUGCAUGUCUAGUUUUAUAAUCAAACUGGUGAAACUUGUUUCCCCUGAAACGGUCAUGUUACCUUGUCAAACUCGCUGGGAUGAGUUUAAAGUCCAUUUAGAGAGAUUUAAUGU